AUGCCGUUCACUCGCCAUAGCUCCCUCGCUAUGACGGACGACUCCCCGAUCCAACGGCUCUCAGACCAUCUGCUUGCGAGAAUCCUCCAUCUCGCCUCUGCACCCGGCAGGUUCCAGCACGCGCUAGUGUGCAAGAAGUGGCGCGACGCGGCGUGUCGCGUGCAGGAUGCCGUUCAGCUGCGCUCCGACCGUCGCAUGGACGCGCGCCGACUGCUCUCCGAGAUCUCGGCAUUCCCGAGGCUCACAGAACUCAUCCUGUCCGAUCGGAGCCUGAUAUCCAUCCCCGAGGGUUUCCUCUCGACCCUGGGUGCCUCGCAUCCCGGGCUGAUCAAGUUUCACUUUCGAACCAUGUUCGACACCGUCGCGCGCAUCGAAUGUUUCACCGAGGAAUGCCUUUCGCGCUUCUUCCAGGGAUGCACGCGCCUCGAGGACCUCAAUCUAGAGUGCCCGCCGGCUCUGCCCGCCAUUCCCGCCGCCAUCGGCGCCUUCGCGCGCCUCUCUCACCUGCACCUCGCGGCGCACGUGCACCGCCUCCCCGACGCCUUCACGAGCUUGCGCGCGCUGCGCACGUGCGUGCUGCACAUGCCCGCCCUGCACGAGCUGCCUCGGGGCUUCGGCAGCCUCACUUCUCUCCAGUCCUUGCACCUCGAUGCCUGUCAAUCUCUCGCUUCACUCCCGGAAUCCUUUGGCGAGCUCGCUAACCUAGACCGCCUUUCCAUCAGCGGCUGUACCAGCUUCCGUCUGCUGGAGUCCUUCCCUGCGCUGGCAUCGCUCAGGGAGUUGAAGCUGAAGCGCUGCCAGGCGCUCUCCCCACUGCCAAAAGGAUUUGGGCAGCUGCAGGCGCUGGAGAGUGUGGUGGUGGAGGAGGUGGGUGGGAUGACAGGCCUUCCUGAGUCCCUGGGGCAGCUGCAGCGCCUGCAGUCCCUUUCCAUCAACGACUGCCGCGACCUCUCGUCUCUGCCGUCCUCCCUGCCGCACGUGUCAUCGCGCACCCAUGUGCACCUCAACGCACCAAAACUCGCGCUGGUCCCACAUGCUGUCGCCCGCUCUUCACGCCUCCCAGCGUUCAGCCUGUUAGCGGGAAGCUUCACAUGCUUACCUGAUUCCUUGACUCUCGCUACGGCCCUGCAGCAGCUGGCGCUUCACAAUCUGCACUCGCUGACGGCUCUUCCUCGCGACUUGGGCAACCUCAGCAACCUGCGCGCGCUUGAGAUUGUGGAGUGCAGCCAGCUGGUGGGGCUGCCCGCCUCGCUGUGCCUGCUCUCCUCCCUCACUCGCCUCACACUCACUGAAUGCCCCGCAUUGGCGGUGCUGCCACGUGCCAUGGGCCUUGGCCUGCACAGCCUGCGACACCUCACUCUCAGCUGCAAGAGCCUCACCCACCUGCCACCAUCCUUCUUCAGGCUGACCUCGCUUGAAGAGCUGAGAAUGGUUCACCUGGCGUGCGUGAGAGGGCCCCUGCCAGACGCCUUCAGCUGCUUCACACGCCUGAGGGACCUCUCUCUUGUCGCCAUGCCUCACCUCACGGCCCUCCCGCCGUCGCUGGCUGGCCUCGCCCCCACGCUCACCAGCCUGCGCGUGGACGGCUGCAGCGCGCUGAGGCACGUGGCGGACGAGCUCGCCCAGCUCACUAUGCUUGAGUCCCUCACUCUCACGUAUUUAGACAGCUUGAAGUCGCUCCCGCCGUCGCUGCUUGAGCUGCCUCGGCUGCGGGAAGUGGUGGUGGAUGAGUGCAGCGAAUCAGGCAAUGCAGCGAAUCAGGCUAGUGGUCGCUGCACUUUCGGUGAAUAUUGGUUGGUGGCAUCUGCAGCAGCGGUAGUGACAGCAGCAAUAAAGAGCGGAGUGCAGAAGAGGCAGCGGCACUCGUGCCCUCGUGGGGUGGUGAUGGGGCGACUCGAGUAUGCAGGCGAAGAGGAAGAGCGCGAUCAAGCGGCGCGAAGAGAGAGUAGCGACGAGGACGAGGAGCCAAGGGCGCAGGAGGAGGGCGCGGAGGAAGAAGGGGGUUCAGGGGACGAGGAGAGCGAUGACGAGUUGGGGCAUGAGCGGGCGGCUGCGAUUGAAGUCGGUGCUGUAGAGGGAGAAAUGGCGGGAGAAGAUGAUAACGAGGAUGACGGUAGCGAUUCGGACGAUGCGCCCGAGGAGUUCACUCUGUCGCAGGGACGCGAGCGGGUGUCGCAGCAGCGCCAGCAGGAGGCGGAAGCGCGCCGCAUGGUUGCCGAGGCUGACAGAAAGGUUCGGCAAAAGCGAGCAGGCUUGGUAGCGAAGGGAGAGGAGGGGGAGGGAGAGGAAGAGGGAGAGGACGAGGAGCGGCGGGGCAAGGAGGCGGAGAGGAAGGCGAAGCGCAGGCGCGAGCUGGAGGGGCGCGCGGAGAGGCGCACGCGGCGGAAGGGGGCGGCGGAGGGGGGAGACGAGGCGGCGGGGUCGUUGGUACCCGCAGAGGCAAGGGGCGGUGCUCAAGAGGAGGGGACGGAGGGCGGGGCGGGAGCGGGCGGGGAGGAAGGGGAGGAGGCGGAGGGCGCGGUGGAGGGGGGCGACCUGCUUCCAGCAGACGUGAUUGCUGCCGUCACACGACGCCAACACACCAGGUUCACAGAAGCGCAGGAGGAGAGGUCACGGUCAGCAGUGGGGGCGAAGAAGCAGCGGACGGGGCGGGGCGGCAGCAGAGGCAAGGACAGCCACACAUCAGCCGUCAUCGGCACACGGUCAGACGGGGCCAUAGUCAUCCAGGCAGGGGCGCCGGCCCCAGAGGGCGAGGAGGCGGCGCGGGCCAUCAUGCGUGCGGCGCAGAGCUUUCGGCACGGCGUGCUGUUUGGGCGGCGGCAGCGGUCGCUGGCGGCGCUGGGGUUUGUUGACUCCAAGGCGCUGAAGGUGGCCGGGCAGUGGCGGGCAGACAAGCACCUCGUGGCGGGGGGUGCGGGGGGUGUGGGCGCGAAGGGGACUGUAAAAAAACGGGGAGACGGCAAGCGCAAGGGGAGGGGGCGAGGUGGCGGUAGGCGGUGA